CCCUCCCCGUCGCCCACUUCGCAGCCUCUGCAGCUAAGCCUCGGAGGAGGCACAUGUUCUUUGGCGCGGCGCCAGCCAGAGCAUCCCCGGCGCGCCCUUGCUGGGGGCCGCCUCCGCCUGGGCCAAGCCCUUCUCUACCGGGGCUGGGGUGGGGCUCUUUGCUGCGGGAGGGCCGGCCAGCGCCGGCGUUUCCUUGGGUUGCUCGUCCCCGCUCUCUUUCCUUCCCUCUCUGACCCCGUGGAUUUGUCUCCCGAAGGAGAGGGCGCGAGAGGGGUGUGUGCGCGCGCGCUGAGCGACCUCUCCAGGCAUUGCAGGGGUGCUUGGCGCUCCCGCAGUCAGGCGAGCAGCGGGCUUCGGUGAAUCCUGCCGCCGCUCGCUUAGCUCCCGCCUUGCGGGAAGGGAGCACUCCCGCCCAAAUUCCAACCCUCGGCUCAAUCUCUUUUGGAAAGAAGCCACCGGCUUCUUUUUUUCCAGCUGGAGAACGAGAGGGGAGGGCGGGGGUGACUCAGGCUGCUGGCGCCGCCGCCGCUCCUCCAUGAAAGAAGCUCAGCAAGAAGAAUUGAUUCCUUUGCCUCUCAUCUCAGGCCGCCGGGGCAGAAAGAGAGAAAGGAGCGAGAGCAUGCUGGUGAUGCGCUGCUGCUGAGGAGCCCGAGCCGAGCUGCAGAGUUUGCAGGUCAUUAGUGCUGCACCAAACUCCGGGCGAGGUAACUGCCCUUACUCAGGAUAGUCACCAUGGAUAAUAACGUUGCUGAGCACCAACUCAGUGUCAUAAGAAGUCCACCUGGAUGGGAAAUAGGUAUCUAUAUUACUGGAGCACUUGUUCUGCUGGCAAUAGCUGGAGUAAACCUGUGGAAGCUGUGGAGGUCGGGCAGCUAUCCUGCACCAUCUCCAUUUCCAAACUACGACUACAGAUACCUAGAACAAAAAUAUGGGACCACAUAUUCUCAGAUCAAGCAAAAGAGAGCUGCGAGCAACUUCCGAAAGGCAGGAGAAAGGACCUCUCCUGUUCGCAAGCCCAGCCUGAAAAUGGAUGACACCUUUGAAAACAUUAAUGAGUUGGGCACUUUGGAGCUGAUGAACAAAGACCUUGAGUUGGCUCCCUACGGGCCACUGAAAAAGUCCAUCUCCACCGAUUCUCUCUGUUCCAUUUCCUCAAUUGGAAAUAACUUUGGUCAUGAGUUCACAGUGGGACAGGUGGAAGUCAAUAUGGAAUACAAUGUGAACUCCAACACCUUGCAUGUUACACUGCUACAGGGCAAAGAUCUCAUGGAGAAGGAAGAUGUCAACUUUGAAUCAUGCUUUGUGCGCAUCAGUUUGCUUCCGGAUGAGCAAAUAGUUGGCAUUUCAAGGAUCCAAAGGACUGCCUACUCAGUCUUCUUCGAUGAGAGGUUUUCAAUCCCCUUGGACCCUUCUGCACUCGAAGAAAACAGCUUGAGGUUUUCCAUCUUUGGCAUAGAUGAAGACGAAAGGAACAUCAGCACUGGAGUCGCUGAGCUGAAGUUGUCAGACUUGGAUCUCUCCAUCAGGCCCUUCAAUGCAUGGCUGUAUCUACAGGACAUGAACAAGGCAACUGAUUCAGUGGGUGAAAUUCUGCUUUCUCUUAGCUAUCUCCCAACGGCAGAGCGGUUGACAGUAGUUGUGGUUAAGGCCAAGAAUCUUGUGUGGACCAAUGGGAAAAUGACUGCAGAUCCUUUUGUCAAAGUGUACUUGCUGCAAGACGGGAGAAAGAUCAGUAAGAAGAAGACUGCGACAAAGAGAGAUGACACAAACCCAGUGUUUAAUGAAGCCAUGAUUUUCUCAGUGCCAGCAAUUGUUCUACAGGAACUGUCUCUUCGGGUGACUGUCACAGAGUGUUGUGAAGACGGGAGAGCUGAAAACAUUGGCCAUGUUGUCAUAGGCCCAGCUGCAGGUGGGAUGGGCAUCACGCAUUGGAACCAGAUGUUGGCCACCUUGAGGAAGCCUGUGUCCAUGUGGCACCCACUUCGGCGAAGCUAAGGCAUGCUUGCACCUUGCUGUGAAUAAUCCAACUUGGUGCCUAAACUCUAUCAGUAGGCAGAUACUGUUGGCAAAUGGAGUUCAUUAUAGCUAGGAACGAAAACUUAUUUUUUCUCCAAAUAUUCUUCACAAAAUGGAGUUGCAGCAACAGGAAAGGGGGAAAAAUGUUCAGUUGCCAAAUGGAACCACAUAAGCCUUGGAAAAGCUUCAGACAACUGAAACCCGUAAGAGAGGAAGCCAUUCAAGUACAAGGGACUGCCCUGAAGUAGCUUGCUGACAAAUAGGGUGGCCUUUUGCCUCCAUCACUCUCAAAUCACCAGCUUGGAGAACCAGUCAUUUAGUAAAUUUGUUUUUUUUUACUAGGAAUUAAGAGUCCCAUGCGGCUUUCCUCCAGCCCCGAGGGUCAAGGGGGAAAGCUUUGUGUACAUAUGUCUCUCUGUGUGUGUGUGUGUGUGUGUGUGUGUGUGUGUGUGUGUAUCUAUAUCCAUUUGACUCCACUUAGAUCUUAAAUGCAUCUACUUGGAGGUUAGAGCCACUGAAUUUAAUAGAUCUUGCUUUGAAAUAGGCAUGACUGAGAACACAGUUUUAUAUUUGUCACAUUUUUUGGCAGGAAAAUCCCGUUCGAUUCAGAGAAACUGAACUGAAAUUACUUCCAGCGUAAAUGAGCUUAAGAUCAUAACUUCAUGGAACCAUCGUCAAAUGCAUCUCCAUCCAUGGUUCCAAUUCUAGAAGAGUAGUCAUGUUUGCCUAUUGCUACAAAGAGCAGCAGGAGACCAACUAUUGUAGCCUAUUACAGGAAUAGGGAACCUGUGGCCCUCCAGAAAUCAUUGGGACUCCAACUCCCAGCAGCCCCACCAGCAUGGUCCACGAUCAUAGGUGACGGGAAUUGCAGUCCAGCAACAUUUGGAGGGCUCCAGGUUCCCUGUCCCUAGCUUCUUUUGUCAGAUGCCUAAAGCAAACCUACUUCUUGCACCUCAUGCUACCAUAAAUUAGACCUCAGACUAACAUAGGCUAUGCUGGUUUGUUUGUUUGUUGCCCUGGUGGCAUCAUUCAUUUCAACUUGUCUGUUGCUUGUUACAGAAUAGAUCUCCAAGCAACUUACAAUAGGCUUGGUAGCAUUAAUCACAAAGUGUCCAGCAUGGUCAGAGAUGACCAUCAUGACCAUCAAAGCAUGAUCUAGACUACCAUGUAAUGCUGUUUAAUCCUGAUGCCCCCCCCCCAGUGAUAGCAGCAGCAUCACUUAGAUGCUUUCUCACCAGAGCAGCUGUUCCAUUGCCGUUUUGAGCACAUGGAUCACAUGUCAAUCCAAGCGGUCCAUAGAUAGCAGGCCCUUUGCUUGCCAUUCAGGGGGAUGCAGGGUUGCUGGGAAAGGGAAAAAUCAAGAAAAAAACAAAACCGUUUUGUUUUUAAUGACAAAGUAUCAUGAAAUCGGUCAUUGAGCUGGCUUAAAGUAAGCGAAUAUGUGAUUUAAGUAAAAUUUUGAGGAAAGGAAUAUCAGUAAAAUGGGUACCCUAACACUACUCCAUUCUCCCAAGCCAUUCUGCCACCCAAUUUAAAGGCACGUGGCUUUGUAUCUAGAGCUCUUUCGCUGUUGAAGAACUUGCUGCUUGGCUUAGCUAUACACACUUCAUAAAGCAAAAUGGAAAACACAAGCGCUAAUGAUCUGAAAAGCAUUAGAGGCCACUCAAGCUUUAACUCUUUUUCUUUCUUUUUUUAAGCAAUUCUCUGAGGAUGUCAAGCCUACUCAACUUUAACCAUGAAAGAGCAGAAAUGCUGAUAUUAAAAGGGUAACUUUAUGUUGAACAUAAGCCCAUUUGACAUUUGGAGUUUAUCAAGAAAGCACUUUCCUUUUCUGCCUCCUGAACCUUGGCAAACUCCAUCAAGAGUGAACAUUUAUCGCUUUGCUAAGGCCUGAGCAAUUCUGUUGUUAAUAAGUUUUACAUAGAUUGGAAGGGAGAUUAUUCUCCACCCCAUUUGAUAAAGCUAGACAGCUGCUUAAUUUGCCUUCUGUGCAACCAAAUACCACAGUAGGGCUGGCUUUAGCAACUGGACAGAACCAUCAAAAAGAGAGACAUCUGGAUUCAUUGAGCUCAGGUGUCCCAAGGACUCUUAAGAAAAGUGUGAAAAGUUCCUUUCAAGUGGAAGCUUUGCUAUGUGCCAAGGAGAACUGUGAUGGUAGGAAGGUAGUCCUAUAUCCUUAUGAAUCCCAUGAUGCUUUGCUUAUUAAAAUGAUGACAUCGUCAGAAUGAAACAAUCAGAAAUCAAUUAAGAAAGCUGCAGAAAUGAUCAAGCAUGAGCAUCACAACAGUUGAAAGCAAUAGCAGAUUAAAACCAAAUGCAACUGAUGUUUGAAAGAAUCUUAAGAAAAUAAAUAGGCCAUCCCAGAAUUUAAAAAUGCCCUUGCCUCUUUAAUCCUAACUUAAUUAUGUCAGUCUCUGAAAAAUAUUCAAGCUUGGAAUUGCUGGGAAAAGAGAAGAGAGAAAUUUAAGGUGACCCUCCAUAAUUACCUCUCUUAAUGCCCUUAUUGCAUAAACUUUGCUACGGAAAUUAUAACUAGCUGAUCUCAAAGAUUAGGGUGGCAUUUGAAAUAUGAUAUCAAGGUACAUUGGAAGGAUAAACAGGAAGGCACCAAUUUCAAGGAGGAAGGGAGGAAAUCCCUGGUUGCCCCAGGGGGGAAAAGGUUUUUUUAAAAAAAUUGGGGUCAAAUGAUUUGAACAGGUUUCUUUCUCAGGGACACUUCAACAAAUUUCCAAACUGGAAUUCAGAUUAGGUGCCAGGGGAUGUGCAUAUGGUCUAAUUCAUGUGGGGGCAGGGGGUAGGUCAAAACCAGCAUGUUGAAAUGCAUUUAUUCAUCUUUAACAUUUUCCUCCUGCCAUCCUGGCCCUGGGCCUCCAUGGCAGCUUCCAAAGUUGUGCUUGUGAAACACAGAGAUGCUGUGUGGUUGGUAGAGACCUGGUGUAAUGUGCUCCUGGCAACCCCUGACUCUCAGAAAGUAGACUGCAAAGCUUGAGCAGUCACUAAAGGUGUCCCCCUUUGCAUCUUCCAUUUCCAAUAACCAACCCUUGAGAUGACAAAGGGAAACCUGAACAGGACAAAAAUGAAGACAUCCUUCUUGCAAGGAGAAGCAGUGGCAAAGCACUCCUGGCCAUCUCCAACCAUUAAGCAAUUGGCUGAAGAGCACCCCAAGGUGUCAGCAGUGAAGAACAGGUGUUCCUGCUCAUUCUAGCUCCAGGCCACACUACCUGCGCUGUCCAUUAUCAUAUUGAACUUAUAUAGGUUUGGCCUGCCUCACCCAGUCCCUCUACCAUGGCCAGACGAUGUAUUUUAAGACUUGGAUAGGAUGAAAUUCCAAUUUAUCUGCCAUCAGCAUAAUACGAUCAUGCUGGCCAUAAAACACAAACUUGUCUUUCCUGUGACUUUUCUCUGAAGAUACACUUCUUGUAGGAUACAUUUACUUUUGGGAUAAAUAAAGACUGGUCUUUCUUUAAAAGCUGCUCACACUGCAGGACUGAGAGAGAUACUGCUAUGAUGAUUGUAAUUACAUUUGUACCUCAAAUGUUUGAUAUUCUCACCUGUUCCCUCCUACCCAUCCUUCAAUUCUAGAAGAGUGGCAGACUUUUGGGAAGGGGUGGGGAUUGUCGGUGAUUUUGUAAUGUAAAGUGUAUCAUCACACCAUUCCUGUAUUAUGUGCAUCAUUUCUGCUGUGCCAAAGCAGCAGCUGUGCUCGUGUAACGUAUUUUCGUAAGCUUUGUACAUAAUCUUUUCCCCACUGCACAUGCACAUUGUUGACAGCGCCUUAUGCAUUUGCCUCCUCCUGCCCAAUUGCAGUUACCUAGGCUCUAGCUUUCAUGUGAGGGAGGAAUUCUUUUCUUGUUCUUAAAGCCCAGAUAGUGCACACAGCUGAUUCUGAUUCUCUUGCCAAGGUGUACAGAAUCUAACCAGACACUUUGGUAGUCAUGGCUGCGGUUACUCUUGAAAACAUUUCUGAAUUGGCUGCCUAACAUAGGCAGCCGUGUUCAAAGCCAGCGUAGGGCACUGCCAAGAUACAGUUCUGUAACGUUAAACUCUGGAUUUAAUGAUCUUCUGCAAGUGGGUAUUUCCUCCCCCCUUCACUUGAUGGUAAUGGGUGCAAUUUUAAUACAGUGGUACCUUGGGUUACAUACGCUUCAGUUUACAUAC